GAGGGAGCGGGUCGUCGCAGCGCUGCUGCAGCCGGAGGUGACGUGCAGGGAGCAGGGCCGGGGGCUCCAGGCAAGAGCUGAGGGGGCAGGAUACAUCCCUCGUGUCAUCAAGGCUGCAGCCGGGGGCAUGCGUCCCCGCGGCGGUUCGCAUCGCAGGCGGGAGAGCAGCAGCGGCGGGAGGAGCCAGUCCAACACCGCGUGUGGACAGGCGGGAGGAGCCAGGAGAGAUGGAAAUCCUGGGGGCUCGUGUCUCCACAGAGGAGCCCCCGGCCCCGCAGCACUCAGGUGCUGGGACCCUGCAGACAGCUGAGCAGCAGCCUGCUGAGGAGGGGCUGGUGAUCCUGGAGCUGCAGAGGACGUGCGCAGGGAGCCUGGAGGAGAGGAGCUCCCUGACCCCUGAGCCAGGCCAAGUGCAGAAGGGGCAGGGCAGGCCUCCAAAGCAGGAGGAGAGCUUGGAGCUCCGGGAGGUGUUCGAGGACGUGGCUGUGUAUUUCACACGGAAGGAGUGGGAGCUGCUGGACGAUGAAGACAAGGUGCUUUACCAGGACCAGAUGCUGAAGAAUUACCAAGCCCUCGUUUCCCUGGGAUAUCAAGGUCCCACUCCUGACUUAAUCUGCAGCAUCCAGCGAGGACAGGUGGAGCUCUGGGUCUGUGAUGAUGAGGUCCAACCACAAAUCUCAAGAUGGGAGGACCUGCUGCCAGGAGGUUCCAGGCUGCUGAGCAGAGCUGAGGAGCAGCCAUCUGUGGAAGGAUCUGCAGACCUGGAGCCACCACAGACUUCCCCAGGGAGUUUGGGUGAGAUGGACUCUGUGAGACCUGAGAAGGAUCCAUGGCACAAGAGUCAGGGGAGGUCCCAAAAGCAGAAGAAGAAUCUAGCGAUGAACCAGGACUGGUGCAUCCAGCUAGGGAGGAAGACACACCACUGCACCAAGUGCAGGAAGAACUUCAUCUGCUUGCAAGAUCUGUCCCAGCAAGAGUGUUUGCAGCACCACUGCACCAAGUGUGGGAAGAGAUUCAGGCAGCUGUCCAAGCUGGCGAGGCACUGGUGCAUGCACACAAAAGAGAAGCCACAUCAAUGCUCAGAGUGUGGGAAGCACUUCACUCUCUCCUCCAGCCUGGCUAGGCACCAGCUUAUCCACACAGGGGAGAAGCCACAUCAAUGCUCAGAGUGCGGAAAGAGUUUUACUCAGUCCUCCAGCCUGGCUCAGCACAAGCAUAUCCACACAGGGGAGAAGCCAUAUCAGUGCUCAGUGUGUGGGAAGAACUUCACUCUCUUCUCCAGACUGACUCGGCACCAGCAGAUCCACAGAAGCGAGAAGCCACAUCAGUGCUCAGAGUGUGGGAAGAGGUUCACUCACUCCUCCAGCCUGGCCCAGCACCAGCGUAUCCACACAGGGGACAAUCUACAUCAGUGUUCAGAGUGUGGGAAGAAUUUCACUCACUCCUCCAAGCUGGUCAGGCACCAGCGUAUCCACACAGGGGUGAAGCCACAUCAUUGCUCAGAGUGUGGGAAUAGCUUCACUCACUCCUCAAGCCUGGCUCAGCACCAGCUGAUCCACACAAGGCAGAAGCCACAUCAGUGCCCAGAGUGUGGGAAAAGCUUCACUUACUCCUCUAGGCUGGCUCAGCACCAGCGUAUCCACACAGGGGAGAAGCCAUAUCAGUGCUCAGAGUGUGGGAAGGGAUUUUCUAACUCCUCCAGCCUAGUUCAGCACCAGCGUAUUCACACAGGGGAGAAGCCAUAUCGGUGCUCAGAGUGUGGGAAGAGCUUCACUCAAUCCUCCACUAGGGCUGAGCACCAGCGUAUCCACACAGGGGAGAAGCCACAUCACUGCUCAGAGUGUGGGAAGAGCUUCAAUCGCUCCUCCAGACUGGCUGAGCACCAGCGUAUCCACAAUGGGGAGAAGCCACAUGAGUGCUCUGAGUGUAGGAAGAGCUUCACUCGCUCCUCCAGUCUGGCUCAGCACCAGCGUAUCCACACAGGGCAGAAGCUACAUCAGUGCUCAGAUUGUGGGAAGAGCUUCACUCAGUCCUCCAGGCUGACUCAGCACCAGCGUAUCCACACAGGGGAGAAACAGCACCAGUGCUCAGAGUGUGGGAAGAGCUUCACCCAGUUCUCAAACCUGGCUCAGCACCAGCUGAUCCACACAGGAGAGAAGCCACAUCAGUGCUCAGAGUGUGGGAAGAGCUUCACUCAGUCCUCCAGCCGGGCUCGGCACCAGCGUAUCCACACAAGAUAGAAACCAUAUAAGUGCUCAGAGUGUGGGAAAGCUUCCCCUUAUCUUCUGCCCUGGUCCAGCACCAGCUUAUCCACAUGGGGGAGAAGCCACAUUGUUGGCUACAAAUGUCCAACUCAGGAUCCUUAAAAUUCUAGUUUAUUAGACGGAUUGAAACAGUGUAAUCAUAAACCUUGUGGCUGGUCCCCACACACACACACACACACAUGCACACAUGCAUACACAUACACACACACACACAGUAGCAGGCUACAGAGUGAGGUAUACCUAUCCUACAAGCGCUGGAGUCUGUCGUUGAGGCUUCUUUCAGCGUGGUGUUAUCUUCCAGAAGGGGGUCGCCAGCUGGUCCUUCUGGCUGGACAGGUCUGGUCGAGUUGGAGAUCAAGAGGGCGCCACUGAGGGUCACUUUUCACUGCCUUUUAUCUGUCCUUGGCAGACUUUGGUGACUUCCCAGUUUUCAGGUUUGCCCAAUCCAGGGGUCAUUGACCCUCGUGGGACUUCCCCCCCCUCGGUGGCUACUGGACGUCAUCUGUCAGCCCCAGGGGUCAUCCGCAUGUAUGUGAAGUUUUGGGAGUCUGUUGAUGAAUUUAGAAUAGGGCUUUGGGAGUGGUCGAUCUGGAGAUAUUCAGCCCAAAAGUUGGUUUCUGGCGUUGAUUAACUCAGGCCAGGGCUUCUAGCCCUUGAUCAGUGACGUUUAGACAUUUCCCGGUUGUUACAUUGAGUACUUCUAUUGAGUUCUUCGGUUGCUUGAUCUGCAGCUUCCAGGUGACAAUUGCUGUGUGUUACUUUGUUACACAUUCAGUCACUGAUUCACUCGCUCUUUCAGGGGCCAGCCUGAUACAGUGAAGGACAGUUUGAUUCCUACCCUUGUUAACAUUGUUACAAUGUAUACUUUACUAAAACACAUUUAGUUGAAAGUUGAAAGGUGAGGAGUAUAAAAUAUAAGCUACAAAUGCCAUGGCACACAAAUAGAUAAAAAUACCAAAAUACACAGGGAGAUACAAAAUGCAGACAUACAAAUUUCAAAACACAAUUCCUUAUCUUAAAGUGAAAGAAAGAGGAAGGAAGGAAGAAAAGGUAGAAGAGGAAAAACAUAUCCAAGUAGGGGAGAGCAACUGCAGGCAAGAGGAAAAGGGGCUUUCUGCUACAACAUCAGUGCUCAAAGUACUGAGAGUGCUUCCUCCAGUCCUCCAAACUGGCCCAGCACCAGUGCAUCCCUGUCCGGGAGUGUCCAUAAUUCUGCCAGCAAUACAGGAAGGGUUUAGGAAUGUAUACCUGCUCAGCACCCCCCAGUGUCUGCAUCCUGGGAAGCAGUCUCAUGCCAGGGGACUGCAGCAACAGUUCACCUUUGUUCAGCCUUUCUAGGGCACUGCAAAACCCAAAGGACAGAGAGACUGGCCUCCCAGGUUUGAUGCAGGUGAAGGGUUAAAAGGAAAGAGCUCAGGCAGAUGCCAGUCUGGUUAGUGGGAGUGGCUGAGAUGAUCUUUGCAUCAGCUUUGGAGCCUGUGCCAUGCCCAUCAUUCUCAGAAAGCAGUCCAUGCUCCAAGGGUUGCAGUCCAUGGUCCUGGCUCUGCAGAUAAGCAACAGCAGUGGUGUGAGGUGUUGGCAGCCUCCGUGUGCACAACCCCCUACCCCUGCUAACCAAUGGGGCGGCUCACAGCCACCACCACCUCCAUCCCCUGCCACCGCUGCUGCUUGUUUAAAGAGCUAUACCUGCAGAUGGGAGGGGGGGGAGGGGCUUGCAUGCAGUGGCCAGGUCCGCCAUCCCACUGCCAGUGCUGCCCUGUGGCUAGCCACAUAGCUCCAUGGACAUGGCUCCACAGUGGCAGCAGCAGUGCAGGAAGGUUUUGCAUGCAGCGGUCACCACCACUGGUGUGGCUCCACAGGCAAGUAACAGCGGUGGUGACUGCCACGUGUGAGCCCCCCCCACCCGCCCCCCACAGCCACCAUCCCUUGCCACUGAUGCCGGAGCCAUGCAGCUGGAUGCAUGCAAGCGCACCCCUCUUCCCUGGCCAGCUGGCCAGGUGGCAUGUGUGCACCCGGCACAUGAUGAGCAACACCACACCGCGUUCCACGUUGCUUGCUUGCAAAGUCAUGUGGCUGGCCGUGGGAAGGCAGCUCGGGGCACAGUGGUGGCAGCCUCCAUGUGCGAGCCACCUGUCAGACUGGCUGGCAUUUGUGUUCCACAGAGGGGCAGCACCUCUGCCCUCACCCCCUGGCCCCGCUCCUGGGAACCUUCACCCCCUGGCCCAGCUCCUGGCUGCAGUGUGCUGCCUGGGACCAGCAGUGCCCCCCGCUCCCUCAGCCCCCAGCCACCUUCCCCAGCCCUGCUCCACAACCCCCAAGCCCCACAUCUCCAGGCUCCAGAGGUGAGGAUGAGCCUGAGUCUGAGCCCAGCCUUGGCUGACUCAGAGGCUCAGGUUCUGCCCUUUCCUCUCUCCCUCCCCUUCCAGGCAGAGCUGAGGGGUUUCCUGCCCUUUCUGCAAUCAGCUUUUGCAGGCUGGAACUGUGCCAGCCUACAAGAUCUCUUUGCAAAAGUGGAGAAUCUGCAGAUUUGUCUGCUAAAGGGGGAAAUGCACGUUUUCUCUGAUAAAAACAGGGAAUCCAUAGUUUUCUUCAUUUUUCCAUGGGAAACGGAAAACCUGGAUCCCUGAUCUGUUACCAAGGUGAACUCACGACGUAGCAAAAAUAGUUAACACCCCACUUAAUGGUUAAACACUUGUGUUCCACAGUACCAUACCUCCGUUCCUGGGGCUUUAACUUUUGGCUGCCAUAGGCCACUGGGCAAGUGACUCUGUUGACUUCUUGUGACAAUACUGUGCCCAGUGCCCCAUUCGAGGCAUGUGUCUGGAGGAUGACUGCUGCCACAACUGAGACAUCCAUAUUCUCAGAUUCUCCCUGGCUGUCAUCUGUAUUCCCAGCCAAUGUGCCAGUUUGUUGGGGAAUCACAGCAUAAGGGUAUGGUCCUCUGCGCCCUGAUGACAUCCACCUGCCUGUCUGCGCUGGGGGGAAGAAAGUGUGGGCCAAUUAGUCAGACUGGGUUCCUUCUAGUUCUCUCCUUCCAUGACUUGAUGGAUCAUUUUAAUUCCAGGAGGGGUGGUGUUUACCUGGUUCUGACAGACAGUAUACAUCCCCUGUGGGACUCAGCAUCCAAAACAAAAAAAGGAACUACAAAAAAAGAGAAACAAAAAAUGUCCCAUGUGCUCAGCUUCCCCUUUGCUCUCAACCCACCUGGGUUUGUAAUCCUUUUCCCACUGCUUUUGCCAUUCCUCUGGCUAAUUAAUGUGCUGCUGCAAUGAUUAAUGAAUCGUGCGUGGUGAUUAACACUUGCUGGAAUUCCUGAGCUCCUCUGAGCUCUCAGACCAACUGGUCUACUCCCCCGUUCCUGGGGUAAAGUCUCUUCACUUUCAGUGGUCAGCGGGUCCACUCAGCCUGGACUUGCAUUCUCUCUCUCUCUCCUCCCCUCCACUGCAUGGCUGAGUUGGUCGGCUGGAUAUAGCUCCUGGGGCAUUGGGGAGCCAAUCCAGCUCACCUGACAUGCUGACAAAGCUGGCUUCGGGCAUGUCGGGAGUUCCCUCCGCAGCAUGGUGACAUUCCUUUCAGGUAAUAGGGCCAUCAGCCUCUUCACAAGCCCCGAUGAAGGGGCAGGUGGUGUAAGCAGGCUGCACAAGGGUGGUGGGAGCAGUGCAGCCCUCAUGAAGAGGCAGGUGGCAGGGCUUGUAGUGGGAAAACUGAGUUAUGCUAAGGCUUUUAGCCCUAGUCCAGGUCUUUCCAGAGCUAAGCAACAAAAUUGAGCAGAGUGCCUUCUGUGGCCCUGGGAGAUGUGAGUGCUGUGAUUGGGCACUAGGCAAGCAAGGCACUACAGUUUCCCUAUAAGGAAUGUGGCUGGCACAAAUCCAGGGGAUUGGUUCAUCAUAUAAGGAAUGUUUGGCACAGAGCCAGGGGAUUGGACAAUUUGGGAUGAGAAAAAUUACAAAAGUGAUGGACAAACAAAGGAACACGUGUGCUGUGUUGCCACCCUGGGGAGAGAAGAGCACCCUUGUAAUUCUUGUUUGAACAACGGGGGUUUCAGGAACUAACAUCCCACACACCCAGCACCCGGGGUCUGAGGCUAGUGCCACCGAAAGUCACUGUUGUAAUGCCUAAGAAACCACUUGCUAGGUUGUAUUAUGGGGAGGAAACCUGUAACAAAGCUUGGGAAUUACUAUUAAAAGUUCACUUGAUGCCAAAUGGGAUGAGGGGCCAUGUCAGUCUGUGGGGGACUCUGGCAUAAAGAAUCCUAGUAGCAAUAGGGUGUACUGGGAGCUCAGGCAGCAGAGUUCGGGGCUGAGGUGACAGGGGAAAGGAGACCCAUGGCUUCCUGUAUCAUGCACAAAAUGUCUCCCAGAUCUCUUUACGACAUCCGCUCUGGUUUCAAGGCAGCCCCAUGAUCUUGUGAGGUCUGACUGGCGGGUCUGGAACAUGUGGUUGUGGCUGCGCCAGGUGGCUGCUUGUCCACGUGCAGAGUCUGGCCCCUCACAGCAGCUGGACCAUUCCAGCCCAGCUGACAUCGGACCAGUGUCCAGCCCUGGGUCUGGAAGGGGGUGAUACCUGCUCCUGAGGCCUGUCCCCUUCCUGAUGGCCCUGGACAGGCCAAACCUCAGGCCUCCAGGGGUUAGAAAUCAAAGCCCAGACACCUGCAGGACUGGGGAUCAACUAAGAGAGGAGGCAGCACAGCUCUGCCUCAGCUUCCCUCAGGGUUUGCCUCGUGGGUUUCCCUUGUUGUCUCCUGAGCUGAGCUGCAUUCAGACCUGCCAGUUCACAACCACAGCGAGACCAGACAAUGACCCAUCUUGGAUCAGGACCUCUUCUGCCAGUGUAGACACAGGAUGAAGGUGCAGGUAGCAAAUUCAUUUGCAAUGCAUGAUACAGGUAACAAGUUAAUGCCCAAUUAGUCCUAAGUCAGUCCACACACAGUGUUACUGUGCUGUAAUGCCUUCAUGUGUAGACACUAGCCUAAAGACCACUUAUUGCACAGUAAGUUAUUGUGCAGUAGCUUAUUGCGCAGUAAAUGCACAUACAGACAUGACUACUGUCACAGCUAAGACUACCCAAGGGCUGUCUUACAGAUCCACUGGUGCUGCAGGGCACAUGAUUAACAUCAUGCCAUGUUUCAGCAGGUGAUGGGUCUAGGUGAGCGCAAUCCUCUGUCCCUCCAACACCCUGAUCCCAGUUGUCUGGCUGGCCUUCUCUCCAAAACCUAGAUAGGAAAGGACAUUUCCUUUUGACUGGCCAGUGUAGGCUCCCUUCUUAGGCUCUGUUCUUUUAUAGACAAAUGCUGCUGUAGACUGCUAGGGACAAAUUCUGUUUUUUGGUGCCCCUUCCAAUAAAGCCUUAUGUUACCUUGGG